CGACAUACCUGGCCGGUGACGUCAUCCAGGUGGCGCUGUGUUUAGUAAGCGUUGGGCUGGGACCAUUUUGGAUUAUCAUGUAGGACGCAAUGAUUACAAAAUUAACGAUAUCUCACACAAGGUAAACACGGUAGUCUAAAAUUAAACAUGGAGAGAGAAGAGGAACCCGGAGCUCCGCAUACUUCGAGAAGGAUUGCACAGGUGCGGUCUGCUCGGAGCGUCAUUUGCAGAGUCACUCUUCUGGAUGGAAAGCUAUUCGAAACAGAUGUUGAUAAAAGAGCUGUGGGAUGUAUACUAUUUGAUAAAUGCUGUGACCAAUUGGAUGUAUUGGAAAAAGAUUAUUUUGGCCUAUCCUACAUAGAUUCCUCAACUGGUUUGAAGAAUUGGGUAAAUACAUUGAAGAAGCUUUCCAAACAGGUCAAAAGUGGUCCAUGGGAAUUCAACUUUGAAGUGAAAUUUUAUCCUCCAGACCCCCAACAACUUCAUGAGGAUAUUACUAGGUAUCAGCUGUGUCUUCAAAUCAGAAGAGAUAUUGUCAGUGAAAAAUUACCGUGUUCAUUUGUGACCUACACCUUGCUGGGGUCAUACACCGUCCAAUCAGAGCUAGGCGAUUAUGAUGUGGAAGAGUUUGGUCGUGGAUUGGACUACAUCAGAAAGAUUCAGUUCGCUCCUCACCAAGAUAGGGAACUAUUAAAAAAGAUCUGUGAUCUACAUAAAACACACAAGGGACAAACACCAGAGGAGGCAGAACUGCGUUUCUUGGAAAACGCCAAGAAACUUAGUAUGUUUGGUGUGGAACUACAUGAUGCUAAGGAUGCUGAAGGAGUAGUUAUCCAGCUAGGAGUAUGUGCUACUGGCCUGUUGGUGUUUAAGGAUAAACUACAGAUAAAUCGCUUUGUCUGGCCCAAGGUCCUUAAGAUGUCCUACAGAAGAAGCAAGUUCUAUAUAAAACUGCGCCCCGGAGAGUUUGAGGAUUUCCAGAGCCAGGUUGGGUUUAAGCUUGAUUCUGUAAAGCAUGCUAAAAGAUUGUGGAAGAUCUGUGUGGAGCACCACUCAUUUUUCAGAUUUAGGGAAAUUGAACUUCCAAAGGCAAAGAAAACAUUCCCUCGUUUCGGGUCAAGGUUCCGCUACUCUGGCCGUACACAGUUCCAGACCAAGCAGGCCAUGGCCUCUGUUGAUCGUCCCUCGCCCUACUUUGACAGAGUCCACAGUCGGAGAGCGACUUACCAUGGGCGACCCACACGAAGACCUCGUGAUGAGGUAUAUCGUCCUGAGCCUCCCCGAGACCUGCCAGUCCCUUCAGAAAAACGUCCAAGGACUCCCAAUAAUGAUGAUCGCUACAUUGAGAACAAGCCUCCUGUUGAGUCUGAUCAUGAACCAGAGAAUCGAGAUGAGGAAGAUCGUCAUAGUCAUCAUGAUCUUGACGAGGAACCAGCUGAUAGAAAAAGUAGAAUGGAAAAGAUUCAUGCUGUCCAGACUCCGCUGGCUGCAGUCAUGUUGGCAGCAAGGAAACAGCAAGAGCAAAACAAUGUAGACCGGUCACACCAACACAGAGAAAGCGACGAGGACUCGGAGAGUUUGCCAGAGAAACCUCCCCUUAACGAAAGCAUGGUAUGUACCUUGUCAUAUAACCAAGAACGCUUGUCUGACCCCAGGAACUCGCAUCACCUAGGGUCCACUUCAACUAACAGUGUCUCAUUAGAUUCGCUUAACUCGCAUCCAAAUUUCGAUUUUUUUGAAAGCAACGCAGACAGUGCAAGUAAAUUGUCAAAAAAGAAGUCAGUGUCAUUUGAAGAGAACAAAGGGUCAAGGUUUCGUAAGGGAGGCAAAAGAAUGGCUUCUAGUGGCAAAAGUAGAAAACCCUUUGAAAUGACAGUGAAAACUGCUGAUACCAGUAUGAAAAAAGACAAUGAAAAGAUUCCUGCGAUUCAAGUUGCUGACCAUCAACGAUACCCUUCACCUUCCACAGAAUUAGAAAGUCUGGGUUAUGAUUGGUCAGAAGAUGUUCCGAAAAUACAAAGAUAUUUUUCUGAUUCAGAAUUGUCUUCAGAAGAAGGUAGAGAAGUCAUUUCUGAACCAAGAUCAGUAAAACUUGAAUCAAGUAAAAACAAAACACGUAAGGGGAACCACUCUGUUUUAGAUUCACCAAGAGACAUUACCUUUUCAAAUAGUAAUUCACAUCAGGAUAAAAAGGUAGGUAGGACAGAGUCAUCUGUCUGUAAAACUCUUCCUGCAGUUUAUGUUAAUGAAGAACUUGUACAUCCAGAAAGAACCCCAUCUCCUGAUCAGUCAAUAGCUUCGAGAAGCCAAAGUUUAGAUAUAGAAAGUGACAUUAACACACCAUCAAGGUUAGCCUACUCUUAUAGUUCCUCUUCUUCUGAUUCCGACACAGAUGUUUUCACAUCCCUCGUUUCUUUAGAUGACUCAAAACUCUUCUCUGUUGCAAAAAUGACUUCUGAAUUAGAUAGCUUUAAUGAUGAAAACACAGCUCCUCCUUUGCCUAAAACCCCAAUACCUAACAGAAUAACAGCUGUUGAGGACAUGGAGGAUGAACUGUUUCUGGAUACAGUGCAGAAUUUGGAUGAGUCAUCCAGGAUUGAUGAUUUUGAAGGGAAAACCAUUGGGAAUCCAACAGAACAGUACUAUCCACACAGAUCCUCUACUCCAGAACAACUUAAAAACAGACUCAUGGAAGAACCAUCUGUAGAGGAAAUGAUUCCAGAGAAAUUUAUCUGUCAAAAUUUAGAAACAUCUCUAAAGACGAGAAGGAAACACUUAGAAGAAACUGUUCCUAAUAUUGGAAAAUAUGGGGAAGCCACCAAAGAUGAUGAACAUAGAGAUUUUAAUAGAAAUUUUACGGAAUCUUUCAUAGACAGUGACUUCAAUGAUUCCAUUGGCAGCAAAGACAGGGCUCAAGUAAUAUUGGGGGAAGGAACAAACAAAAAUCAAUAUAAUGAUCCAAAUAUACGCAAAACAUUAGUGGAGGAAGAAUCUGUUUAUGGGAAACAUAUGGACAAGAGGAGAAUGGUGAAAGAGCCAAAGUCAGAGGAAACCUCCAUUGACAAUAUUGUACCAAGGUCAAAGGAAACAUCCAUUGAUGAAAUUUUACCAAGGUCAAAGGAAACAUCCAUUGAUAACGUUGUACCAACGUCAAAGGAAACAUCCAUUGAUGAAAUUUUACCAAGGUCAAAGGAAACAUCCAUUGAUAACGUUGUACCAACGUCAAAGGAAACAUCCAUUGAUGACGUUGUACCAAGGUCAAAGGAAACAUCCAUUGACGAUAUUGUUCCAAGGUCAAAGGAAACAUCCAUUGACAUUAUUGUACCAAGGUCAAAGGAAACGUCUAUUGACGAUAUUGUACCAAUGUCAAAGGAAACAUCUUUUGACGACGUUAUACCAAGGUCAAAGGAAACAUCCAUUGACGAUAUUGUACCAAGGUCAAAGGAAACAUCCAUUGACGAUAUUGUACCAAUGUCAAAAGAAACAUUCAUUGACGAUAUUGUACCAAGGUCAAAGGAAACAUCCAUUGAUGGCAUUGUGACAAGGUCAAGGGACAAUGCCUUUCUAAGAUCAAAAGAUACAUCUAUAGAUGACACUGUAAUAAGAUCAAAAGAAGUAUAUAUUGAUGAUAUCAUACCAAGUUCAAAAGAAACUUGCAUUGAUGACAUUUUAUCACAGCCAAAAGAAACUGUUGACAGUAACAUGACCAGGUCAAAGGAAACCUCUGUUGACAGUGUCAUGCCAAGGUCAAAAGAAACAUCUGUUGACAGUGUCAUGCCAAGGUCAAAAGAAACAUCUGUUGACAGUGUCAUGCCAAGGUCAAAGGAAGCCUCUGUAGACAUUGUCAUGCCAAGGUCAAAGGAAACCUCUGUUGACAGUGUCAUGCCAAGGUCAAAGGAAACUUCUGUUGACAGUGUAAUGCCAAGGUCAAAGGAAACAUCUUUUGACAGUGUCAUGCCAAGGUCAAAGGAAACCUCUGUUGACAGUGUCAUGCCAAGGUCAAAGGAAACAUCUUUUGACAGUGUCAUGCCAAGGUCAAAGGAAACAUCUUUUGACAGUGUCAUGCCAAGGUCAAAGGAAACCUCCGUUGACAGUGUCAUGCCAAGGUCAAAGGAAACCACUGUUGACAGUGUUAUGCCAAGGUCGAAGGAAAAAUCUGUUGACAGUGUCAUGCCAAGGUCAAAGGAAACAUCUUUUGACAGUGUCAUACCAAGGUCAAAGGACAAACAAAAAAAGAAACAUAGAAAAAAAUCUGCAGAUAAAUUUGAAGAGUCUAAAAAAUCAAAAGAACAAAAGGAACAUUAUGUAGAAGAACCCUAUGAAAUUCCAGAAAUCAACUCAAUUGUACCGAGAGAAAUAUCAAUAGAUGAAGCAGUAGCAAAGAAUGAAGCUAAAAAAUGCAGAUCAACAGAAAUGCAAGAUAACAAUCAAAAUACCACAAACAGUUGGAAAGAGAAAGACACUUCAUUUGAAGAGGCCUUAGAUAAAUUUGGAUGUAACCUCAAAGACUCCACUGAUGUUUGUGCUACAGAUGUUAGACCAGACAUACCGCUGAGGAAAAAUCCAUACUAUACACGGGCACAAUCUGUCGAGAAAGGCAAGAAAUCUGUAGAAACAUCAUUGGAUAAAGACUAUGAUAACACUUCUAUCAAUUCAUCAUUUGAUGAUAUCCGGCAAGAAAUACCAUUAAAGAAAAACCCUAAUUACAAAGAAUUGCCGAGAAGCUAUGAGGUAUCUCAAUCUGACUUGGCAGAGAAGAAGUCACAUCACCAGUUUAAAGACUGGCUGGCAUACACAUAUUCAUUGGAGGAAAAAAGUGUCGCAUCACCAAAGAGAGGCUCUAGUAGAGACUGGUCAGGGGCACCUGGGGAUCAUGGGAUGGAAAGUACAAUACAACACAAACCAGAUCUCGAUCGGAGAGAAUCACAUCUGGUGUACAAUCCAAAGGGAAUUGGACAGGAAAUGAAAGAUAUGAAGAUUGACUUAGAUGAAAAAAUUGCCACUUUACCAUACGCCAAAGACAGAAAACAGUCAAGUUCUACAAAGGAAGACAAUCAAGAAACAGCCGAUAAUGUGUUCAUGUUAGAGGAAAAACCUGUCACUUUAUCCAAUAUUCCUAAAAUGGAAUCUAUCCGGAUACCAGAGGUUGGGUCUGUUCAAAAGAAGAAAGGUCAGGAUGUGAAAUCUAAACCAAGAGUGCAGCCAGAAUUUACAAGUCUCUCCAAAUCUCCAACCAUUGCGAAGGAACCUCCAAACUCGAAGGAUAAAGAUUCAGAGUUAAAGAGGUCAAAUUCAAUCAUCAGGAAAGGUCUUGGUGUCCAGACAAAUGGAUCUCUUAUGAGAAGACAUAGUUCUGGCCAGGAACCCAGAUUAGAAAAUGAUCAAAAGUCAGGUUUGCCAGCCAGACCUCGAAGUAUAGAGGUGUGUGAGAACAUAAAAAUCAGUGUAGAUGGUGAUGAGGAUGAGGAGGAGGAUAUUCUGAAUAGAAGUUUUAACAGUGGGGUGGUGAUCAAGAGGAAAUUUGAUACUAGUCCUGUGAAGAAAGGUAGUGAAAGAAAACAUUCUGAUCGCCUACUUGUUACUGAUGCUAUAAGCAAUGAUGCAUUUCAGAAAAACAGGGAAUCGAUUGAAAAGUUGGUAGAUGACAUUAUGACAGAAAUGUCAGAGGUCAAAGGUGAGGAAUCUGGAGAAACAACUCACAGCAGUGAAUUCUCUAAACCAAUAGGAGCCACUACUGACUCAGGACACAAAACUGUACAUAUGCCAGCCCCUAAUAUACAGGCAGUGGACAUUGAGGGCAAAAACACUGAGGAACAAAGUGGAAAAGAAAAAUUACUGGAAGAGGAAGAUAUUCAGGUGAUGGAUUUUUUCACUGAGGCUCGUUCUUUACCUCAAAGUGAGAAAAAAUAUUCACCUAUAGAUAACUUAUCAAGAGGUCCAUUAGAAAUUAAACAAGAUUUCCAACCUGUCCUGGCAACAAAUGUCAAUACCAAGUAUCGGCCAUCUUUCACGAAACCAAAAAGAGAUGAUGUACCAAAUAGUAUGAAUAUGAGCAAGGCACCUACUGACAAAGACAAAGGACAAACUGAUAAUGUCAGGACUCCCACUGAAAAAGAUAAAGGACAAUCUGAUAAAAUCAGCAAACCUGAGAUAGACAGAGGACAAACUAAUAAAAUCAGGUCUCCUGCUGACAAGGACAAAGGACAAACUGAUAAAAUCAGGACUCCUACUGACAAAGGACAAACUGAUAAAAUCAGGACUCCUACUGACAAAGACAAAGAACAAACUAAUAAAAUUAAGACUCCAACUGACAAUGACCAAACUGAUCAAAUCAGGACUCCUACUGACAAAGACAAAGGACAAACUGAUCAAAUCAGGACUCCUACUGACAAAGACAAAGAACAAACUGAUAAAAUCAAGACUCCUACUGACAAAGAUCAAACUGAUAAAAUCAAGACUCCAACUGACAAAGACCAAGAACAAACUGAUCAAAUCAAGACUCCUACUGACAAAGACAAAGGACAAACUGAUAAAAUCAGGAUACCUACUGACAAAGGACAAACUGAUGAAGUCAGGACUCCCACUGACAAAGACAAAGGACAAACUGAUGAAGUCGAGGCACCAGCUAGUACAGCCACUAGUACAAGUAAGGCACCUAUCAGUACCAACAAGGGACAGAGUAAUGAAGACAAGAGACUGAUGAACAAAGACAAAGUACCAACAGAUAAUGUCAAGGCAACAACUAAUAGUACUAACAAGAUGACUGUUAGUAACAUCAAGGGACAAACUGGCACUAACAAGGGACCAACUGGUGCUGACAAGGCAAGUAAUGACAAAGGACCUAGUACCAACAAGGGACCAACUGGUACUGACGAGACAAGUACUGACAAAGUACCUAGUACUAACAUGGGACCGACUAUUACAUACGUGGGACCUAUUAAAAAAGACAAGGGACCAACUGGUACUGACGAGACACCUAUAAGCAAAGGACCAACAAGUUGUAAUGACAAGGCAUUAACUAGUAAAGACAAGGGACCUAUAAGUACUGAUCAGUUGCCUACCUCCACUCUACCAACACAUACUACAGACCAAGGACCUAGUACUGACAAGGCACAGACUAGUAAAGACAAUGGAUCUACUGUUACCGACGAGGCUAGUUCAACCAAAGUAGAUUCAGACAUAAGUAAAGAGGAUGAUUUAUAUGGUGCUGGUGAUGAACAGAAACUGACACUGCCCUCACUACAGUCCACACCCCCUGAGCAAAUAGAAAUACUUCCCUUGGUGGAAAUGAAAAGUAAGCUCUAUGGUGUACCAAAGCCCUAUCCUGGCAUUGGCUUGAUUUCAAAGUCCUCAGAUCUGCACACUGAUCAGGACAAAAUAACACUGUAUCCUCAAUCUACAGAUCAAACAAUGCCUGCCACUGAACAACUACAAAAGCAGAUUAUUGCCAAUACUAAAGACACAAGAGUCCAGAAGGGGGAUAUAGGUAGCAGAAACGUUCCUACUGGUGUGUCUAAACAUUCUCCAUCAAUAACAUCCUCUGAAGACCUGAAAAAGUAUGUUCCUAAUGUAGAUGUUAUACCUACACAGGCCAAAGGAGAUUUGGCAGACAAGAGUGACACAGAUUCUGAGUUCGGUGAAGAAUUUGUGCUAAAGAGGCAUAGUUCUAAACAGGAAGUGUCAUCAGAGUUUCCAUUAACACCUUUGCGCCGGACAUGGAACUCCGACAUGAGCUUGUCUUUAGGUGAGAGGUAUUCUGGAAAGCCAAGAGCCAUUAAAUUUGAUCCGUCCAUGAGACUUAAAGAAAAAGGAACAUACAGUGUCAAUCCAAAACUAAAACUCACAACUCUGAAGACAGGACCUAACACAGCUGAUAAGGACAGCUUACGUGAUAGAAUAAAAAGUGGGAAAGCCCCUGUAAAAAAGGCACCAGACUUUUACCUUAGUCUAGUGUCCCCUGCAUUAUAUUCAAGGUCAAAAGAACUGGCUGGGGGGAAACCACAGGGCAAGGUAGGCUUAGUACCAGGUGCAGUGAGCAAGUCUGUGGUAGAACCUAUACAGGAAGGAGAGGAAUUAGAAGUUGAUGCUGAUAUACCUGAUCAGGCACCAUCAAGUGAAUCUACAUCAGAACUAAAACCAGAAACUAGCGGUAAUUUUAAUGCAACUUCUCAGAAGGUGGAAGAUGUAGAAAAGAAAAUGACGGCACAAACUGCUGAGCAGGGGCCUCUAUUUGGUAAAAGUGAAGAAGUAUGCAAAGGUCCUUCAGAAAUGGAAAAAGUGAAACAACCAGACAAAGAAAAGAAAAUUGAAAGUCCUGAUUCCUACAGUGUUCUUGCGGUUCAGUCUUAUGUAAAGGAUAUCAUUUCAAACAGUUGUAACACUUUACAGAAAACAGACACUGAUAGUACUGAUUCUACGCAAACAACAACACGACCUGACAAGCAAUGCAGCUCAGAUGUAAAACCUGAUGCAGGGCCUAAUGCAUCUAUUGUUCAUCAGAUACCAAAGCAUUCUUCUGAACAUUUCACAUCUUCACAAACUCCAACACUAAUGUCAUCUCCUAAGUCGGCUACACCAUCACCAGAGCAAUCAUGCAUAUUAUCAUUAUCUUCAUCAGAUAAUAUGACACAGCAAUCAUCUACAUCAGAUUCAUCACAGCAUUCACAUCAAUCAUCUCCUUCACCAUCUAACACAGAUCAGCCUUCAAUUUCAUCCUCUACACCAUUACCCCCUCAUAAUGUAACUACACCAUCGUCUUCAUCCGUAUCAUAUUCAUCGCAAAAUUCUUCAGCAUUACCGUCAUUCUCUCACCCGUCAUCUCUAAAAUCCCCCUCUUCUCGGCCGUCAGGUGGAAGACAUGUAAUGUGGGCAGAUAAAUCUGGUUUACCUGAAUCUGAUUCGGGCCAACCAUCACAAACUCAAAGUCAUGCUCAGAAUAGUGGAGAAGAUUCAGGGCGUCAGACUAAUUUCCGAGGUGCUAAAAAUCAUGAUGAAAAAUCAACAAAAUCAGAGGAAACAGUUCCUAAAGUGUUACAAGGAGAUGAUAAUACUAGUCCUCCUGUUGGAGAUAACCCAGAUGGAAGAGAUUCCGAGUCCUGUGGGGACACAAAGGAGGAUAAAGAAGCCCCAAACACUGUACUACACAUUCUCACAGAAGUCAUGGUGCUCCUGCUCAUCUGGCUGGUCUCGAUCUUUGUUCUGACAUACGACCUAUCAACAGGAUUCUAGUUCUAACUGUCAAGCUUUUCAAAAGGACAUUUUUCAUUUUGUCAUGCUUCUAGCAGGUAGAUUUCAUCCUAAAGUAAUUUUGGUAACUGCCAUUUUUACCCUUCCUCUUGAUCCCUGUGUGACAUUGGUUUAUAUUCCAUUUUUUGCCAUCAUCUGUGACCUUUAUCAUCUUGGACUAUGGGUAGUAUUGGGUAACUCGGGUAGAAAUAGGUAUGAAUCAUACUAAUUCUUGUCCUUUAUCACAUGGCCACAGUUUGUUGCCACAAGAAAAAAUCCUGUUGUCAUCAAAUUACAUGAUGGCAUUGUUUAUUGGACUGGUAAAUUUUACACUUGUUUCUUUGCUAAUUUGUAGACACAUAUCACACACACGUUAAACAUGUACAGUUGUCUUUGAACUAUUUAUUCGUAGAUGAUCAUACAACACAAUCAUUACUAUUCUAAAAAAUGUCCCCUGUUUUUUCUCUAAACAAAGUUAAACUGCAAGGUAACAUUUGUCUUCUCAACAAGAACAAAUUGCAAGGGAAUAUUUACUUUUGAUGUUGGUAUGUCAAAAUUAGGCGGUUUAAAUUAAGUUUAUUUUAGGUAUCAUAUACUGAAUCGUUGUUUAUAACCUAGAUUUGAUGCAGUAUUCACCCAGAAUAAAAUUUGUAGCAUAGACAUGUUAUUUGUUUGGAGAUCUUCAAAAGAUAUACAGCAAUUUGUUUGGGGUUCUUCAAAGACAGGUGAAAUUAUUUGUAUGGUGGUCAGCUGGCAAUUUGUUUGGAGGUCUUCAAAAGACAUAAAUGCAAUGUGUUUGGGAAUUUUAUAGGACAGGCAGUCAAUUUGUUUGGAAUUUUUAAGGACAGACAAGUGGUUUAUUUUUGGGGGCAUGCAAUUUGUUUGUGAGUCUUCAAGACAUAUAAUUAAAAGCAAUCUGUUUGAUGGUUCUCAAAAGACAUAAGACAUGCAUUUUUGGUGGGGAGGAGGGGGGGGAUAUAACUUGCAAAUACAGACAUAAUUUAAUUGUUUUGGCUCCUGCACAUAGCAAAAAACUGGACUGGUAUACGUUCUAUGUUAAGUCUAGAUUGCUAUGCAUAGUCAAUUCUUGAUAAAUAUUCAUUAAGUAUAAUAUUUUCGGAUAUCUUUGAAUUGUUGGUUUAAUUUUGUUUAAAUCAAUUAAAGGUGCAAUAUUUACAAUGGUGUCUUGAGAUGAUCACUAAUUUUUUGUGACUUUAUAUUUUAUUAAAACAUAAUGAUAGACAAAAAAGCAGUGUCUGAUUUUAUGAUCUUGAUUUGAGGACAGAAACUUGUCCUUCAUUGCCAUAUGUUAUAGAAUACCAGUAUAUUUAUGUAUACAAUUUAAAACACAGAAAUGUAAUUUAAACAUUGUAUUAUAAUCUUCAUUUUGAUUCAAAUUUGUGAUCUGCAAAAAUUGUAAAUAAUUUUGUUAUAUUUUUUCUACAAAUAGAUAUAUAUUAAGUUGUUUAUCAAUGUGCCAAUUGAAUAGAUAUGCUUUAGGACGCUCAGUUUAUCCCUCAGUGAUAUAAUUAUUUCUUUUUUAACUAUUUGAUUUCCAUUUGUGAAAAAGACUUCUAAUAAUUUUCAUUAUUAGGAACAUUUUAGAAGUAAAACCAGAAUACAGUAGCUAGUCAUUACUGAGAUAAUUAAGUGUGAUAACUUUUAUUUAUAGACUUUUUUUUAUCAUUUUGCUGUGAUUCUUUACCUUUAUCUGUAAUUGAAUUUAAAAAAAAACCAAUUAGUCAGUUAUCUUUCCAUGCAUUGCUAGAUUAUACCAGUAACAGGUUAAAAACAUGUACGAUGUGCAGCCUUUUACAGUUAUAAAUACCACAAUUUACAUACAUGUUAUAUUGAGUUGCUAGCUAGGUUUUAGUUAAUUAUAAUUAUGAGGAAGUUGAUGUGCCUACAAAUUUUGAAUGAUCACGUAGAUAUCUUUUUGUUCAAAGUCAUGGUAAAAGUUUUAUUGUAUAUCUAAUGUGCUUUAGAUUUAUUAAUAUUAACUGUUUUAUUUAUUAUAGUCUUUAAUUUAUUGAUAAUUACAUGUUUAAUAUAUAUUAUAAAAACCAUUCAUGAUAAAAUAUAGGUUUGUCUGCCAUAUAUUCACGCAGUAUUUCAUCUUGAUUAUUGCUAAAUUUUGUAGACAAUGUACAAGUAAUUCUUUGUAUAGCAGAGUUCCAUAUACUGAAAUCAAGUCCAAAAUUUGCAGAUUUAUGGUUACUAUUCUCAUAUUUUCUUUGGUCUGUUUCAUAGUUUCUCAUAUCUUUUCAGAAGGGGUAGGGUAGAUCUUUUUCCUUGAGGCAUGGCCAUGGAUCAUCAUCUAUAAAUAAGUCUGAAAUAAGUUUAUUUGAUUUGGGUUGUGAAAAGGAAAGUAUAUAAUUUUGUUGAUCUGAUUUUCGAAGAGGUCAUAUUUGAUUUUCAAAUGGGUCGUCUAAAAGAAAGCAUAUAAUUUGGUUGAUCUGAUUUUCGAAGAGGUCAUAUAUGAAGCAUAUAAUUUGGUUGAUCCAAUUUUCGAAGAGGUCAUCGGAUCUUAUAGAUGGCUUAAUUAGAAUUAAGUUUAUUUGAGUUUUGAAGAGGAUAUCUUAUGGAUGGCUUGUAUUUAAGUUUAUCUGAUUUUAUUUGAAAAGCCAUCUUAGAGGAUGGCUUAUAAUUCAGUUAUCUGAUAUUCGAAGGAGCCAUCUUAAGGAUGGCUUAUGAUCAGUGUAAUCAUCUGUAGAUGGUAUUUAGUUAUAUUGUAAUGUCUACUGUCGUACCUAGCCUAAAGUUGUUAAAAGUCCCAAUAUUUACAUUUUUAGACAUUUUAUUUAAGAUUGUUUAUAUUAUUGUUAAGUUUUUGUGUAAGUUGUGUGAUUAUUCCCCUCGUAAUUUACUGUAUUAUAUAUCGGUUAUUUUCUGUAUGCUACAUGUUGUAAUCUGUUGAUUCUUUUGUUGUGAUACAACCUUACUGGAAAAGUGAUUCAGCGUUCAUGAUCAGGUUACGUCAAUUAUCAGAUGAUGAGUGUAUUUAAUUAUACGCAAGAUUUUAUAUGAAUUUGAAAAAAAGACACAAAAAAUUCAUACAUUUCUCUUUGGGAAACUAUUGUGCAAUAUGUAAUUAAACAAAUUCAUUUAAAAAAAAUGAAAACAAUGAUUAUGAAAAUAUGUAUAAGAUAAUGUGACAUUUCUAAAAUUAAAUUUUGCAUUUGAAAUAAACAAAACUAUACCUAGGUAAUGUUAAAUCUUUAACAUUUUAAUAUAUUUCUCAAAUAAAGUUAACAAAGUUAUUUUUCUAAAUUUCAAAUGUUACUUUAGUUUAAUACCCUGAGAAGUUUAAAUGUUCAUGCUCAGCUUUUGCAUUUUUAUUGACCUUAUGUGAUAACUUAAUCAAUACAUGAACAUGUAAUUGCUCAUUCUGGACCAAUUUUUAUGCAAUAAAAGUUUAUAGGUGCAGUUUGUUAAAUAUCUUCUUUUUUAAUAAAAUGUAAACAAUGAAAUGUAUUGGAUAACACAUUUAAAAGUAAGGAUAGAACUUAGUUGUGAAACUCCCAACAUUGGGUUGAACCAUAUCAUUCUUAUGAAUUACAACAAUUUGAUACCAGUAUGAAAGUGUGAGGUUGACCUUUGUAUGUAAAUUAAAGGACUGUUGUAUUGUUAGUUGAAGAUUUAUUUGAGAGCAUGAUUCUCAAAAAAAAAAAAAAAAAGAUAAUCGAGUAAACUGAAACUGACAUGACAAUUAAGGUGUUUUUAUUGCCUCUGUGUAUAAUCAGAAUUGUCUGCCUUACUAAUUAUAUAUAGCUGCAGCAGCUGGGAUAUGGGUGUCUACGUGCUUUUCACUAAUGUGUUAUUGGCAUUUACAUGUAUGUAUAUAUGUACUGUGCUGAAAGUGUAUCUCCUGUGUCCAGACAUUAAAUUCUGAUUUAAUCCAAA